UCGCACCCGCUCGCUGCAAUCUUGAAUGAAGAUCGUCUCUACCUCACUCACCUUCGGCCACCCCGUACAGUCUUCUCGUCGCUACUAAGUCCUACGGUGACCAUUGGGAAAAGCAGUCCUCAACAUUGUUCCUGGCGCAUGCUUUGAGAGGACUUGCCCAUGGACCCGACUGGCUUUCUCCGACAGCCGCCGCACGCUCGGCGGGCUUCGGGCACAGGGUUCCAGCAGGCGAGGGGAUGUACCAGGGAGGAUGUCCAAGAGGAUGAAGAAAGUGGGGUAUCACAGUCGCCAUUUUUCACCUGCCAAAGCGUGGAGGAGGUGCUCCAGAGACAUAAAUCGCUGGCGCCCUCUACCUCGAGGCGGCCCCGGUUCAAAUUGCUUGUUCGUCAACAACCGAAGUGCGGACUCGCCGUGGGCAACGAGGAAGCCGGUCUCAAGAAUGCACGAGCAAAUCCCAUCGAUCCACCUCCAAUCUGCGAAGUCGUCCCAGAGCUCAUGGAGAAUGUCCGAUUGAUAUCAUUGCCAGAACUCAGUCUUCAAGCUCGCCUCGUCUCCUCGGAAUCGGGCUUUGUCGAAGUAACGUCAAGAAAUGGCGUGGUGCAGCCACUAGUGGGCGAUAUGGAUCAAUGUGCAUUCAUUGCACCCAAGAUACAAUCUGAGCAAGAGAGAUGCCUCUUCGUCUUUUCCGAGCUCGGUGUACGGCAAGCUGGCACCUAUCGCAUCCGGUUGGACCUUGUCGAACGGGUUGGGUACACAUUUUCCAUGCUCACGAGUGUCUAUACCGAUCCAUUCGAGAUUCACGCCACUCGAAGCACCUUUCCCGGUCUCGCCCCUUCGACCGAGUUGACCCAGGCCAUUUUUCGACGUGGUCUCAAAAUUCGCCUCGUGAAGGAAGCAAAGCAGUGCAAGAAGGGAACGAAGAAGAGGAAGAAUGACGAUGGCCGAACAUGGCGCGUCCCGCAGGAUGGCGACAAUCUGUUCACACAAGGACCUUACACAUCACCUCUCGUACAGCAACAAUCACCAAAUUCUUUCGAAGCAGAAGGCGCCAAGUCAUAUGCUCAGUUAGGACAUGGAAGAGACACAGUUCACCAAACAGGUCCUCCGCCUCUGCAGUUGCCUCCAUCUGGGCCCGCUUACACUGCACCACCGGCCUCGAUAUUUCAUUACUCCGCUCAAUCGCGUCCUUCCCAAGCUCCAGCACCACCGAUCUUUGCGUCUACGCGAUCCACGACCUCCCUAUCCUCGUCAUUGCUCCCACCUCCGCCUCCCCUCACCCACAAUAUCGAAACAGAUCGCUUCGGCCGUCGUGGAUCAAAUUCUUCCACUUUCGCCCGCCGUCUUCUCCCACAAAUGCCGCCGGAAGCCUAUGGCCCUGGCUUCGAGUCGAACCCAAUGUUUCAGACGCCGACUUUGCCCGUGGAUCGAGCUUUUCGAAGCUUUCUGCUCGCGAGUCGACCUCGGCCAGACGUCUAUCCGCAUCCCCAUUGCACACAAGCGUUUGAUGCGACUAACCAGACUAGUGCGUCGCCAUCCGAGCAGCAUCAAUCAAAAAGCCCAAAGGUCGAAAGUGGCAGAUGGAGUGAUCACCGCGAGGCUGACGCGGGCGCACAGACAUCGUCCAUGCCUGACACGCCUCCCUGCCUCUGGGCCCUUCCGGCAGCGAAAAGGAUAUUUGCACCCCACAAACCUCACAAUCCGGUCUACGACAAUGACAACUCAAACAAACGUAUGAGCGUCUCGUCUCUAACGGGUGGCCAGCCGCCAUCGCCUUCGACAAUGGAGAAACGAGAUCGCCCGACGCUGCCACCACUCGCUUCACUCGCCUCAUCUGCCGCCCAAAAGGUCUCAACGACAUCGUCAGGCCUCUUGCAGUGGGAUCGAGGCGUGGAUAGGGAAUCGGGAUGACCCGACAUUCGAGAGAGCAGGCCUGAUCGAAUCUUAUCACCUUAUAGCCCGGAAACGCCUUACCAGCAACCACCGUGUCGUGAAUCUUAUUAAUCUUGUAAAAUAAUAGACGAGCACCAUAUUGUCCCGCCUUUUCAUUGUCUCAUAGCAGUAAUAUUACUACCCGCCCG